AUGGUUACAAACUUCAGGGAUCGCCUUAGCGAGAGACGGAGAGCCUCUAGCGACCGACUUGCAAUGGCCAUAACUGCCGAUGUCCGGCGUGGCUUCGAGCGCGCAUCGUCGUCGGCACGUACGACGAUGGCGGCGACUCGAGGAGGACAGCUAGACGAGGACGAGUGCAAAAGGAAGCAGGAAGAGGAGGAGGUGGCUGAAGAGUUUCGAUCGAUUAUAGUUGGGUGCAGCUGCACGCCAGGCGUCUACAUCGGUGACUGA